AUGGGAGAUCAAAUGGCAAAUAAUAUGUAUAUUAAUCAUCAAUGGCAACAACCACCUAUUAUGAUGCAAAGUAUACCAACAGAUAAUAAUAAUGUUCCUCCUGCCAUUCAAAGGAUGCCUCCAACAGCAAUAUCUACACACAUCCCAAAUAAAAAUACAAUGAGAAAUGACAAUAUUAUUGCUGGGACUUCUGCUACUUCUUCUGUUGGAUCUGUCUCAAGUAGUGGUAAUACACAAUCUCAAGCAUCCACUUCUGGUAAUAAUAGUGGAAGUGUGUCGACAACAACAACUGUUGAAAGUAAAGAAAGAUUUGCUAGAGAAAAUCAUAGUGAAAUAGAAAGAAGAAGAAGAAAUAAAAUGACACAUUAUAUUAAUGAAUUAGCUGAAAUGGUUCCCCAAUGUGCUGCAUUAGGUAGAAAACCAGAUAAAUUAACUAUUCUACGGAUGGCUGUAUCACAUAUGAAAGGAAUUCGUGGAAAUACCGGUAGUCCUAAUGAUCCAUUAAAUUAUAAACCAUCAUUUUUAACUGAUCAAGAAUUAAAACAUUUAAUAUUAGAAGCUGCUAAUGGUUUUUUAUUUGUUGUAUGUUGUGAGACAGGUCGUAUUUUAUAUGUUGCUGAUUCUAUUGUACCAAUUUUAAAUAUGAGACAAGAAGAUUGGAUGAAUUAUAUUAUUUAUGAUUUAAUACAUCCUGAUGAUAUAUAUAAAGUACGUGAUCAAUUAUGUAACUCAGAAGCUAGUCUUCAAAGAGUUCUUGAUCUCAAAAGUGGGACUGUUAAAAAAGAACAUAAUUCUAUUCGUGUACAUAUGUCCUGUCGACGAGGUUUCAUUUGUCGAAUGAAACUUGGAAAUCUCGAACCAAUAACACGUCUUAGAAAUAGAAGACCAAUAUUUACACAUAAUGGUAGUAAUUAUGCUGUUGUACAUGUUACAGGGUAUGUUAAAACAACACCUCCCAGUGGAAUGGAAGUUAGAUCCGGUGGUUGUUUAAUUGCUAUAGGUAGAUUACAAGUUGGUUCAAUGCCUAUGUGUACAGAAUUAGGAGCACCAUCAACAUUUACACUACGUAUUUCAGAAGAAGGAAAAAUUACUUUUGCUGAUCAAAGAUGUACAUCAAUAUUAGGUAUUCAAUCCAAUAUAAUAGUUGGAAAAUAUUGGUGGCAAUUAACUAUUCCUGGUGAAGAUCAAUUAACUAAGGAUGCCUUUAGACAAGUUAUGAUAGAUCAACAAGCUCAUAUACAUUGUCGAUUUGCUACUAAUAAUAAUGGUUCAGUAAAUCUUAAUAUUCAUGCAAGACAAUUUCGUAAUCCAUACUCCGAUCAAUUAGAAUAUAUUAUAGCAGAACAUCAGGUAUUACAUGAUAAUAUUACAAUGCAAGUUAUUGGAGGUAGUGGUAUUCAACAACCUCAACAACAAGGAUGGAAUCAAACAAUACCAAAUACUAAUGAUUUAAAUACUGUUACAGAUCCUCAACAAGAUUCAUGGAAUGAUCAUGGACUUUCACAACAACAAGCAACAAAUGUUUGUUGGAAUAGUCCUACAGGAGAUAUUUCUGAUACUAAUGUACAAUAUAAUCAAUGGAUUCAAUCUGAUCCUAAAGCAUUUUAA